AAGAACGAAACUGCAUAUUCAAAAUUAAACCCGCUAAUAACUGCAACCUCCUCCUUCAUUUCGUUCAGUAGUUGCAGCAGCAGCAGCAGUAGCAGCAGCUCGUAAUCGCCACCACUCACUUCAGCGGCAAAAGCUUCUUUCAGAAACCAAAAACUAGGGUUAGGGUUAGGGUUUCCAUUCCUUCGCACACAGCCAUGGAGGCCGCAGUCAUCGACGCCGGUUCCAGCCUCCUCAAAGCCGGUUUCGCAAUUCCCGAUCAAACUCCCGCAAUGAUAAUUCCUACCCAGAUGAAACGAAUGGUUGAUGAUGGUUCAGUGAGUGAUAAUUCGUUGGCGGAUGAGAUUGCCGUUGAUCCGAUCGUGCGAGGGUACAUUCGAGAUUGGGAUGCUGUUGAGGAUUUGUUGCAAUAUGUUUUGUACACUGGCCUUGGGUGGGAAUUGGGCAAUGAAGGACAGAUACUAUUUACUGAUCCACUUUGUACCCCAAAGGCUAAUAAAGAACAGUUAGUGCAACUAUUGUUUGAAACAUUCAACGUAUCAGGGUUUUAUGCCUCAGAACAAGCAGUGUUGUCACUAUAUGCUGUGGGACGUAUCUCAGGCUGCACAGUUGAUAUUGGUUAUGGAAAAAUAGAUAUUGCUCCGGUAAUUGAGGGUGCUGUCAACCACAUUGCCUCGAGAAGAUUUGAGUUUGGAGGUACUGAUCUCACUAAUUUUCUGGCACAAGAACUUGGCAAAUCCAAUCCGCUAGUGAAUAUCAGCAUGUCUGAUGUUGAGAAAAUAAAACAGCAAUACUCAUGUUGCGCUGAAGAUGAUUUAGCUUAUCAGAAGACCCAAGAUUCUUGCCCUGCGGAGACACAUACCCUUCCUGAUGGACAGGUGAUCACAAUUGGAAGAGAAAGAUAUACUGUCGGUGAAGCUUUAUUCCGUCCAUCUCUAUUGGGUAUAGAGGCUCAUGGCAUUGUUGAGCAGCUUGUCCGUACUAUUUCUAGUGUGUCAUCUGAUAAUCAUCGGCAACUUCUGGAGAAUACCGUGGUUUGUGGUGGCACUUCUUCAAUGACUGGUUUUGAAGAGAGGUUUCAGAAGGAAUCUUUCCUAAGUUCAUCUGCUGUUCGACCUACCCUAGUCAAGCCUCCAGAAUACAUGCCAGAAAAUUUAACUAAGUAUUCUGCUUGGGUGGGAGGUGCCAUACUUGCCAAAGUAGUUUUUCCUCAAAACCAGCAUGUAACUAAAGGGGACUAUGAUGAAAAUGGACCUUCCAUUGUGCAUAAGAAAUGCUUCUGAUGGGAUUCAUCUGCACGAUCUCUCCUCAAACAGCCAGUUCCUUUACACUGCCUUCAUUUGUCUUUAGAUUCUAUGUGCAAUCAGAUGCAUGUAUGAUUUUGUAAACUACAAUGUAUCUCCAAGAACUAAAUGCAAUCAUAUUUCCCUGCAUGAGUGUCUCGGCACCAGAGGUAGAUAGUUUCAGUAUAAUCUUGAUCUAACAGAAGAUAUAUACAUGUUUGUCUCAGCAAUAGCAGCUUGAUUAUUCUUGUAAUGAACCAGCAAGAGAUUCAGUUGGGUCCUCAGUGACCUCUGCUUGCACACUUUCUCUGAACUAUUUCUGUAGUGUUAUCACUUUAACUUGAA